AGUUCACUCUCGCUUGUUUUUUAUCGGUUUGGUCCUGGUUUGUUUACAAGUGAUUGAUAACAAGUUCUGGUGUUGAAAAACUAUGUCAGUUCAUUUUCUAGUACAAGAAAUAAAAUAUGGCCGGUAGACAAUUGCCUGCAACUAUCAGAAAGUUAGUAGCUGUACGCGCAAGCCCCAAAUUCCGGGAGAUUCUUUCUGUCAAAACAGAGCCUACCCCAAAACCUGGUGAUAGAGAAGUGCUGGUGAAAAACAGGUUUGUUGGCAUAAAUGCUUCAGAUAUCAAUUUCACAGCUGGGAGAUAUGAUCCAAAAGCAAAGUUUCCACUGGAAGUAGGUUUUGAGGCUGUAGCAGAAGUGGUAGAUGCUGGACCAAAUGCUCUUUACAAGCCUGGCCAAGCUGUAAUGUAUCUGCAGUAUGGGGCUUUCAGUGAUUAUAAGUUAGUGAAAGACAAAUAUUUGGUUCCAUUACCAGAGUUAAAGGCAGAAUAUCUUCCUUUCAUACUUAGUGGAAACACAGCAGCAAUAUCUCUGGAUAAGACUGGUGAGCUUAAGCCUGGUGAAACGGUGCUAAUAACUGCUGCAGCUGGAGGUACUGGACAAAUUGCUGUUCAGUGGGCUAAACUGAAAGGAUGUCAUGUGAUUGGAACAUGCUCUUCUGAAGAUAAGAUGAAAUUCUUGAAGGACAUUGGUUGUGAUAGACCUGUGAAUUAUAAAACAGAAAAUUUGAGAGAAGUUUUGAAGAAAGAAUAUCCGAAAGGGGUAGAUGUUGUGUACGAGACAGUUGGAGGGGAGAUGUUUGAUACAUGUGUAGAAAAUUUGGCAAUACAUGGACGAUUGAUUAUAAUAGGUUAUAUCCAAGGAUAUGAGUCAGACAAGGGGUAUAUACCAUCACGCACACUAGCUACAUUGCCUGCAAGGCUCUUGCCAAAGUCAGCAAGUGUCAGAGGAUUUUUUCUGUUUAAUUUUGCUAAAGAUUCUGCACCAUAUGUUAUGAAGCAGAUACAGUAUUACAAUGAGGGAAAACUGAAAAGUUUCGUUGAUCUUGGAGAGAAAGCGUCAGCUGGGCCGUUCAUUGGACUGGAGAAAAUUGUUGAUGCUGUUGAGCACUUGUAUUCCAAGAAGAGUAUAGGAAAAAUUGUAGUAGAUCUCAACUCCAAAGAUCUCAACUCCAAACUGUGAUUACGGGUACAAAAUAGGAAUCCACUGUACAAAAAACAUCCUCAGCAUUCUGACGAAGUAUAUCAAAAUAACUGAAGUAAGGUCAACUCCCUUCAUUACAACAACAACCUAAAAGGACGUUCAUUGUAAACAUGUUAUAAUUUUUUAAUACAGUCAAAUUAUAUAAAGCUUCAGCUAAAUGAACGUCUCAUCUGCCGCUGCUUAAGGAAAGUGGUUGCACAAUAUAGGUGGUCAGUAAGUCAGGUUGAACUGUAUUGUUUUUACUUUUGAUUCUGGUAGAAACAGUUUCUGUACUAGUUACCAAAAAUAAACAGACAUUUUUUGUCAAUGUUUAUGUGCCAUAAAAUAUUUAAAAAGCUGGAAAAAAUAAUCUGUACUCAAACCUUUUAAAUGAUAAAACUUCUUUUGUGAUCAAAUUAUUUAGAGGAUAUUACAAGAGUGUCUUUUCUUAUUGAAUUUUUUAAACAAGUUGAAUGAAAUACAUUUAAUAAAGUGUGAGGCUCUGCAGAGCAUUUUUCAAUUUUAUUCAAUAAAUUUAAUAAAUUCAAUAUGGAAAGACACUAAGGAAAUAUUCUUUUUAUCACAUGUAAUCUUUAACUACUUAAACAGCAAAAUCUCUUCUUUCUUUACUUAUUAUAGACCAAGUCUGUUCGACCAACAGCUCCUAUACUGAAAACGAUGUCAAUGUCAAAGCUUUAUUACGUUAGUGUAAUACCAAAAUUAUGUAAUGGAUUUAUUUCACUCCCACGACAUAAAACAUGUGAUAAAACUUGUUGUGAAAUCAUUAUUUUUGAGGAAGAAGUUUUUUUGUUUGUUUUUUCAACCUCAAAAAUUGGUCCAAUUAAAUUUUGUGCCAAGAAAAUGAGAAGACCUCACCAUCAGCUCUGACUUUCUGCAUCAGGUUAUUUUUCUAAUAGAAAUGGUAGUUUACAAAAAAAAUUCUGGUGAGCUAUUGCUAUAACUCUCCAUCUGGUGUUGUGUCCUUCCUCAUUUUCUUCUCUGAAACUGUUUAGUGGAAACUUUGAUGUUGAUCAGAUUGUCCUCUUUCAAAGUUGUUGGCUAAAGAAUGGAAAAUCUUUAAAAAUCUCCCUGACAGAAACCAGCAAGUUUUCAAAAUGCUUUUGUAGAAAUGUUCCUUGGGUGACCCUCUACCAAGACACUCUUAACAGAGAUUAAUUUGUCUGGUAAAAACAGAGUCUGACAUUGCUGCCACAGGACAUGGAAGUAGUCCCCUUGUAUGAGGUUGAGACUUACAUUCCAGAUAUUUUCUGCCCCACGUACAUAAAAUAUGGCCAGAAUGUUUGUUUUUGUAUGAUCAAGAUUGAGUUUGAAACUGUAUCAUCUUGGGUCAAAAAGUAGGUCACUAUAGGUCAAAUCCUAGAUAAAAACCUUGUUAAAAACUCUUGUGGUCAAAUUUUACACCAAAUUUACGUGAAAGCUUUUCAGUCAAAUUUAAAAUUUGGUAAUCUGAGACCAAAAACUAGGUCACAUAGCAGAACAUAAAAGUGUUGACACUGCAAUGAUGGCAUUUUCUACCUCAUCCGGAUGAAACUUUGUCAGAAUAUUUGUAUAAUAAUCAGGUCUAGUUUAAAACUGAGUAAUCUGGGUUCAAACGCUAGAUCUUUACUUUAAAUCAUAAAAUCACUGCUUUACAUGAAAUCUUGUCAGAUUAGAAUAUUUGUUUUUGUAAUAUCAGUGGCAUAUGCAUUUGCCUAGUCAUAGAGUCUUGAUCACUUGGUCAGAUUAUAGAAAAAUAUUAUCAACGUUUCAGAAAUCACAGUUUCCAUGGAUUGUCAUGAACAUUUUUUUUGUCCAUCUAGUUUCGUAAUAAACAUAUAUGUAUGUACAAUUGUAACCUUUCAUGAAACAGUUUGUCAUGAUAUAUAUUCAAGGUUAAAUGAACCAGAUGAGUGACAUCUGGCUGUGAUAGCCCUCUUGUUCAAAGUUAACAUAAUGUUUGGAAUACUCUUUAUGAAAUGGUUAUAUGUUUUGGUCAUAAUAAGCUAGUUGUUAUACUUACAAAGUGUAUAUGGAUGGCAUGUGUAAAAUUCUACAAUAUUUUCAUGUUUUUAAUAUUAAUUUUUUACCAUAUAUAAUAUACACUGUAGUUGUAUAUUGUACUAUUUGUUAAAAGAAUAAAAAGAGAACAGUU